GACAUUUUGAGUGAAGCAAGUGCAUGUGGUGGCCACGUAUUGGAUUGUGCCUUUUGUGGUGAGAUUCUCUUGACGUCUUCUGCACACGCUUUGCCGCAUAGUCCGUGGUUGUCGGAAGCUACUAAGCUAGUCCAGCUGAAAACAUCUGCUUGCCUUCUUCUGGUCAUUUUCAACGCCGUCCAGAACUAGAAUCCUUCGGCUUUUCACGAUAUUAUUGCGGUGACGUCUGUAGGGUGUAGGAAUUUCAGGAAACAUGGCUGAGAAAGAAGCUGGCACGACCGGUCAGCAAACCUCGUCUACAGAACAUACUGUGACGAUGACAUUUUGCUGUCUGCCAAUACCCUGCUGUUUCGGAGUUUCUGGUAUCGAUGCCAACAAACUCAAGCUUGUCGGUGCUAUUUGCACGGGGCUGACUAUGCUUUUCUCAAUCAUCGUUGUUGGAGUUAUCAAUAAUGAGCUGCAUAUCCGGCAAAACCGGGGAGAUUCGUUCUGUUUCUUCAACGCAAACAAUAGCAACUGUGGAUAUGGUGUGUUCUGUGGCGGCUUCUCCAUUUUCCUGUGCAUUGUGUUUGGAGCGCUGUACUUCCUACGCUUCAAGCCGGUCGUAACACAUGAAUUUCUGGGUACAUCCGCACAGUAUCUGUUUGAGGCGAUUGCAGCUGGCGUCAUGGCAAUGUUUUUCUUGAUCAGUGCACUUGUCUUGGCGAACGCUGAUCGAAUCAUAACCAACCACUUCAACAAGGGGUCCGCCGCCAAUGCCGUCGUGACGUUCUCCUUCUUUGCAGCGUUCACUUGGAGUGUGAUGGCAUAUAUCCCCUUCACGCAUUAUAAAAUGCUACGUGAAGGAGCUAGCAGUGGAUCUGGCAACAAUAGCAACCCCAACAAUCCGGUGUAAAUCCUAAAAUAGCAUCAUCAGGUAGCUUCCGCUUGUACCCGCUUGUUUACUCCACCCACACAGACACCUUAAAACGUUAAUAUGGGUUCCAGGUAGACGAUACAAUGGUGUUCUGUCACUGUGGACAUUUUUCCUCCAUCUUGUCAAGCAUUACUGAAGAUAUUACUAUUGACUCAACAUCUGAGUUUUGUUACUGAAGCUCUUUGGUUGUUGUGUUCUGUUUUCUGGCUUUGACAUACUGCUUCUACAUAUUGCUUUAGUUUUGUUUUCAUUCUUUCUCUCUUAAUCUCGUCAAUGGCCAAGACUUACCUACUGUGCUGUACACUGUUCAUGAUCUAGCCGUAGUUUGAUGAUACAAUAUUGCAACAUGCCGCACCGUUCAUCUUAGACCAACACAUGCACAUCACAGCAUAAUUAUUACCAUGGGCCGGUCCCGCGUCUUGGUUCUGCACUUCAUCUGUGAGCUAGCAAGCAAGGAAAAACCUCUUGUAAUCUGUAAACUAAUCCUGUGCACACGCUGCUUUUCACACACCUACACUACAGAACAUGUAUGCCCUGUCGGCUUGUCUUUAACCUUGUUGUCUCUUGCUCUCUGAACUAGACUGUCACGUUAAUGCUCCUCAUCCACACUAAGUCAUGCGCUGUCUAUUUAUACGUUUGGUUUGGCAGAAUUGCUCUCAGUCCAAGCACACAAUGACAUCAUGAGUAUGCCUCUCCUUCGUUAGUUUCCAUUUGCGUCUCUUCAAUGUUCCUAUUUCUAGUGUCUGUUUUAGAGACCACUUUUCCAUUAUUUGUACUGGUCUGCAAGGACCAAUAUUUUGAGUUUUGUGUUACGGAUUCUCCCGCCAGUUAGCUUGAGUGGGAGCCGACA